AUGUCCCAGUGGAGGGACCGUACGAAGACUGGGUGUCGGCUACAUCAGACUACCAAGAGUGGGAGCAGGAUGAUGGGAUACGUAGGGCUUGAAGGUUCCUUUAGUGCCAGCUGGUGGGUGUCCUCUCUAAUAUGGCUGGGACUGCUGCUGCUGCAGGCACCUCCGGCUGCCGUGUCGGCUCAGAAACUCGACGAGAACGACCCCGUGGUGACCACCGUUUACGGCAAGCUGCGUGGUGUUAAGAAAGAGCUCAACAAUGAGAUCCUGGGUCCUGUCGUGCAGUUUCUGGGCGUCCCGUAUGCUGCUCCACCCACUGGCGAGCGCCGCUUUCAGCCACCUGAGCCGCCGGUGUCGUGGCCGGAGAUCCGCAAUGCCACACACUUUUCCCCGGUGUGCCCUCAGAGCAUCGUGGAGGGCCGCCUGCCGGAUGUGAUGCUGCCAGUGUGGUUCACCAACAGCAUUGACGUGGUGUCCACAUACGUCCAGGACCAGAGCGAGGACUGCCUCUAUCUUAACAUCUAUGUCCCCACUGAGGAUGUCAAAAGAAUAUCCAAGGAAUGUGCCAGGAAACCGGGCAAGAAAAUAUGUAGACAAGGAGGUCCCCUUACAAAGAAACACACUGAUGAUUUAGGUGAUAGUGACCGCACGGACGACGAAGACAUUAGGGAGAGUGGAAGCCCCAAGCCGGUGAUGGUUUUCAUCCAUGGGGGCUCCUACAUGGAGGGAACUGGGAAUAUGUUUGACGGCAGCAUCCUGGCCAGCUAUGGGAAUGUGAUUGUCAUAACUGUCAACUACCGGCUGGGCGUCCUAGGGUUCCUGAGUACAGGUGACCAGGCAGCCAAAGGGAAUUACGGUUUGUUGGACCAGAUCCAGGCUCUGCGCUGGACCAGUGAGAACAUUGCAGCCUUCGGCGGCGACCCGUUACGUAUCACUGUGUUUGGCUCAGGCGCCGGAGCUUCCUGUGUCAACCUGCUCACGCUGUCUCACUACUCUGAGGGCAACCGCUGGAGCAACUCCACCAAAGGCCUGUUCCAGAGAGCCAUUGCCCAGAGUGGCACUGCUCUUUCCAGCUGGGCCGUCAGUUUUCAGCCAGCCAAGUAUGCCCGGAUGCUUGCCCGAAAGGUGGGCUGUAACCUGGAGGACACUGUUGAGCUUGUGGUGUGCCUUCAGAGAAAACACUACAAGGAGCUGGUGGAUCAAGACAUCCAGCCAGCCCGCUACCACAUCGCCUUCGGACCUGUUAUUGAUGGAGAUGUUAUCCCUGAUGAUCCUCAGAUACUCAUGGAGCAAGGUGAGUUCCUCAACUAUGAUAUUAUGCUGGGAGUAAACCAGGGCGAGGGCCUUAAGUUCGUCGAGCUUAUCGUGGACAACGAAAACGGUGUUCAGGCUAACGACUUUGACUACGCUGUGUCCAGCUUUGUGGAUGACCUCUAUGGUUAUCCAGAGGGUAAAGACAUCCUCCGAGAAACCAUCAAGUUCAUGUACACUGACUGGGCUGACAGGCACAACCCAGAGACUCGCCGAAAGACACUGCUGGCCCUUUUCACUGAUCACCAGUGGGUGGCACCAGCUGUCGCUACAGCAGACCUGCACUCCAGCUUUGGAUCACCGACAUACUUCUAUGCCUUCUACCACCACUGUCAAACGGAACAGGUACCGCCGUGGGCCGACGCAGCACAUGGCGAUGAGAUCCCAUAUGUGUUUGGCCUACCGAUGAUUGGACCAACAGAGCUGUUCCCCUGCAACUUCUCAAAGAACGACGUGAUGCUCAGUGCCGUGGUCAUGACAUACUGGACAAACUUUGCCAAGACAGGGGACCCAAACCAGCCUGUCCCCCAGGACACGAAGUUCAUCCACACCAAGCCCAAUCGCUUUGAAGAAGUGGCAUGGACACGCUACAACCAGAAAGACCAGCUUUACCUACACAUUGGCCUCAAGCCCAGGGUCAAAGAGCACUACCGUGCCAACAAGGUCAACUUGUGGUUGGAGCUGGUUCCUCAUCUGCACAGCCUCAACGAGGUCACCCAGCUCAUCCCCACCACCACCAAGAUCCCUCCUCCAGAGGCUACCAACCGCACCCCGAAGACAAAGGUUCUGGUGACCAAGCGCCCCAACCCGACUCCAUUCCCCACCGAGACCCAGGACAGCCACAACCAGCCACACCUGGUGGACCAGCGUGACUACUCUACUGAACUGUCUGUGACCAUCGCUGUAGGAGCCUCCCUGCUCUUCCUCAACAUUCUGGCCUUUGCCGCACUUUACUACAAGAAGGACAAGCGCCGGCAUGAUGUCCACAGGCGCUGCAGUCCCCAGCGUAGCGCCGCUAACGACCUGGCUCACACUCAGGAGGAGGAGAUCAUGUCCCUGCAGAUGAAGCAGCACUCUGACCUGGACCGGGACUGCAGGGGAGUGGGCGAUUCCUUGCACCCGCACGACAUGGUGUUGAGGACUGCCUGCCCGCCGGACUACACUCUGGCCAUGAGGCGCUCGCCGGACGACAUCCCGCUCAUGACGCCAAACACCAUAACCAUGAUCCCCAGCACCAUGGGGGGGCUCACCUCACUCCACUCUUUCAACACCUUCCCCAGCAGCGGGCAGAAUAACACCCUGCCCCAUCCGCACUCACACUCCACCACCCGGGUAUAGCCCUGUGGAUGUACCCACGCAGGCAGGACUCUGAUGGCUGAGGCAAAAUCUAACGCCACUGCUGUAGCAGAGACUUAAGGCCGACAUGCUGACAAACACAGAUAUGUCAGGAGCUGAAACGCCAGCCUGGAGUCGCCAGACACCCAUGGAAUUACACUGGGA